AUGAAACAACUUACCUUGCCGUUCGUUUCAUUGUUUCUGGCGCUGGCCGCCGUCCCAUUCGCAGUCGCAGCGCGAGCCUGCAACAACGCCCCUGAACUGUGUGACAUCUCUUACGACCAAAUCACCCAUCUGGGAGCGCAUGACUCGCCGUUCUUGCGCGAUGUCUCAACAGGGUUUUCUUCAUUUGGCAACCAAUUUUUCAACAGUACCGUACAGCUCAACGCUGGUGUCCGGCUGCUUUCGGCACAGAUCCAUCCCGCGCAGAACAAAGCUACAGGUGCAAGGGAGAUCCAUCUUUGCCACACGUCAUGCGGCCUGUUUGACGUCGGGACACUCCAGCAGUGGCUGUGGGAGAUCCAUUUGUGGAUGGCUGCAAACCCCAACGAGGUGGUGACGUUGGUGUUGGUAAACAUGGAUGGCAUCAGCGCAAACGAGCUCCAAAGCGAAUACGCCCGAGCAGACAUUGCACACUUUGGAUACGUGCCGCCAGAUAUCAGCCAUCCCCCUCCGCCGUCCAGCGAGUUCAAGAAGACAUGGCCAACACUCGGGGAGAUGGUCAACAAGGGGGAGCGACUUGUAACUUUCGUACAGCCGCUGAAUCCGGACAAAAUGGUCGCGCCGUACCUGCUGAACCAAUUCGACUUUGUCUGGGAGAAUUCGUACGACGUCCGCAAUGCUUCAGACUUCGCCUGCAAACCCGACCGGCCUUCCAACAAAACCACGGUCGACCAGGAACGCGACUCAGGCAAGCUGAUGCUGAUGAAUCACAUGCUGUACUGGCAGCAAGCGAUGGGCAUCGAGGUUCCCGACAUCCGCAAUAUCAACGAUACAAACUCCUGGGACAGAACAGGUGGGCUCGGGGAACAUAUGACGAAAUGCGGACAGGAGGUUGCUCGACAGCCCCAAUUUGUGCUGGUCGACUUCUUUAACGUUGGACCAGCAAUCAAGGCGGUCGACAUCUUCAACGGCGUCGAUGAGCCUGUUGGACGACAGAAUGUGACAGACCAAAUCAUGGAAGGAGGUGCAGGCAUGAACUACUACGUAGACAAUGGAACAAUAAAAGUCAGAUGCACUACCUAUACCACGCCAUCGAUCGAGCACGAAUCCAACGCAGUAGGCAUGAACCGUUCGAGAUUUUACAUACCAUCGGCAGCGCUUAUUCGCGCGCUCGCGCGACCGCAACCUCUACGAUGUCCCUCUACGGGUCAUCUACCUGCGCAAUUUGUUCGCUGCAAGAAGACGAAGGCAGCAAAAGCGCGAGAUGCGGAGAAAGCACGCUUAGAGUCCGAAGCUCGAAAACAGCGACAUAAACAGAUGACGGAUGGACAAAGUGAUGCCGACGCCCUGAAAGCAUCUCACGAGCAGAUGAUGCAGGAAGUCAAGAAAGACAAAAGGCUUGCCAGCCUGGUUGGACCACUCGAAAAGAUGCUGGCAGAGCAGCAGGAUCCAGAAAGGAUGACGAAACGUUUCAUACCGCCAGUGUUCAAAGAGGGCGAAGAGCCUCCCAUCAAUAUAUACGAAACCGAUUACGCAACAGGCAAGAGGACGAAAGUGAAGCUUGGCUCGGUCGCAGAACAGAAAAAGCGGCGGAAGUUAUACCUUAUGCUCCAGGAGUGGUCGGAUAAUCCGGACUACGACUCUGGCGAGUUGGAUAAGCGCAUGAUUGAAGGCCUGAUGGCGGACCCGGCGUUCGCAGAACUGGCAGAAGACUUGAAGGAGAUAAAGGACGACAUCAUGACAAGAGAGGAGAUACAGAAGGCAGAAGAGCAAGCUCAAAAAGAAGCUCAACCAGCGAUGGAUGAGAUUGGCGCUGCCUUGCGCACCACGAUCCACGAAUCUCUCACUGAGCUGAUGAACGACCCAGAUAUUGGGGACGAGAGGGCGGAUCUCCAGGCUGUGCUAGAUAAACUGCCCGAAGUUGAGGACUUCGAGGACCCCGAGUUUCAAGCGCUCAUGGACAAGGCCACUGAGAAGGUCAACAAGAAUCCCAAGUUGCAAGCAAAACUCAGCGCUGCGAGCGAGAAUGAGACACCGGAAGAAAAAGAGCAAUGGGCCACUUUCCAGAAAGAAAUUGAUGGGACGACAGCCCCAGAAUACAACAACGAUACCUUUAAUGAUGAAGAGGUCGAUGAACUGAUACUUGAAAUGCGCGACAUACUGAAAAAGGAAAGUUUUGGAAGCGAACUUGACAAAGAGUUGGAUGAGAUGUUGUCUGACGUCGAGGGUCAAAUGAAUCUAUUGAAAUUGGAAGAAGCCCAAUACGACACCGACAACUUUGUUCCUGAGCCCAACGAGGACGAGAACGAGGAAGACAUCAAGCUUCUCCCACCCGAGUUAGCAGCCCAGAUCGACAGGAUCAUAGCCGACCCGCGCAUUAUGGAGAGAUUGGACGAUCUUUCGAAGUUGAUUGACGAACACAGGCCCCAGCGCGAUCCGAACGACCUGACUCAGAUCGACGCAGAACUCGCCCCCGACCCGUAUGAGAUGGCAGAAGUCCGCACCGCCACCCUGGCCCAGCGUAUGGCCGCCGCGCGCGCAGACCCCGAACACGCCACCGCUUUGCGCAACCUGCGUGUCAAACUGCAUCCUUCAUACAACGACACCCCUGCGCUGAAAUUGUUCAACCAGGCAAUCGCAUUUGCCUAUGUCGGCGCCAAUGACGAUGUGCGGCGGGUGUUAUGGCGUUCAUACCAGAAGGCGCGCGCGCUGCCCACGUUCCUACACAAUCUAAGCGACGAUGCCUGGGAUAUCCUGUACUAUAGCCAAGCAGUCACAUGGACGGGUAACCAGAACAAGACGGAUCAUCUCAAGGAGCUGCUGCAGGAUCUUGCGACCACGGGUAGGAGCGGGCCGCCGACACAUCCGAGCACGCUGGGUCAAGUCCAGGAGGCAGCGAGGCUGGAGGCUGCCCAGAGAGAGCAGAGGGAAGAUAUGAGGGGAGAGCGCGAGGAGGUGGAUGCAACUAGAGUGUAG